AUGGGGUUAUCAUGUUUUUUUUACUUCAAAACUCUGAUACAAAAAUAUCAGUCAAAGUUUUGCAAAAAUUUUCAGAAGAUUUUACAGAGCUCUCAGUUGGUUGUUGAAGUCAUGGCGCGUCUGAAUCUCUUGAUUGUUCUUGUUCUGAGCUCCGUGGCUCUAUCGCAGUGUGGUGUAAUUUACAAGAAGUAUCGCAAAACUCUGCCAACAUCGAAGCCUCAUGAGAAGAAAGUGGAGGAAAUUUAUGAGGUUUUUCACACGUACCGUCGACCACCAAUGUACGGUCACUCUGAGAGAUUCAUCAAUAACUUCCUAGCUACCGAUUAUAAUCCUAAAGAAGUUCACCCUCAAUGGAAUCGACCAUCAAGAAUUACUACCCCAAGACCCACCGUAGCUCCAGUGGCUACAACCGAAGAACCUUGGACUACCACUACAGAAAAACGGCAAGGUACCACACAGUCCGCCAUCCAUCCAGAACUUGAAAUAGAAGCAGUGGAAACACAAGGUGGUGGGCAAGAAAGUGAAUGGGUUACAACAACAGAGGAAGACACAACCACCGAAGACGCUGCAACAACAACUACCACGACCACAACAGAGGCUAUUACAACAACCACAGAAGAUGAGUACGAUAAUUCCGAAUAUCAGUACAAAGAUGAAAAAGGAGAAGAAUAUGAUGAAAAUGAAGAUGAAGAUGGAGAAGACUACGCUGACGAUGGUUCCAUCAAUGAAGAUGAGUCGACUACUACAACAACAGAAUAUUCAUUUUGGGGUUAAGAGAUUUCAGCAAGCAUGAUAAUACUCUACCUCAUUGCAAGAGGUUAAAGUUGAGAUGAUGUAAAAAAAAUUGCAAAGUGUUUUAGAAGCACAAGUACCAGAUAAGCAUUUCC